UAUAGAGGCCAAGGCACAUUUCCUUGUACAACAGCAACCAAGAUGUCUUAUCCCUCUCCAUUCAUACUCUUAUUUGUCUUCCUAUUCUCCAUUUCAAUCUCUUCUUUCAUUGCUCAAGCUUCUGUUCCCAUCAACAGUACCUUCAAGUAUGUCAAUGAAGGCGAAUUCGGGCCUUAUAUCGUUGAGUAUGAUGGAAACUACCGCACUCUCCCCAUCUUUGCUUCACCCUUCCAAUUUUGUUUCUAUAACACCACCCCUAAUGCCUACACCCUGGCUUUAAGAAUGGCUACUACCAGGUCUGAGUCACUCUUCCGUUGGGUGUGGGAAGCCAACAGGGGGAAACCAGUCGGCGAGAAUGCAACACUGACCUUUGGCACAGAUGGAAAUCUUGUCUUAGCCCAUGCUGAUGGCCGAGUCGCCUGGCAGACCGGCACUGCCAACAAGGGCGUGGUGGGGCUCAGACUGCUUCCAACUGGAAACCUGGUGCUUUAUGACUCAAAAGGUAAGUUUAUGUGGCAGAGUUUUGACUACCCCACUGAUACAUUGCUAGUGGGUCAGUCCCUUAGGGCAGGGGGUGUGACCAAGCUUGUUAGCCGGGCAUCCGAGGCAGACAACUCGGAUGGGAAAUACAGCUUGGUUAUGGAGCCAAAAAGAUUGGCUAUGUACUAUAAGGGUACCAACUCCCCAAAGCCAAUUCUCUAUGCUACAUCUUCAGUAUGGUUUACCAUUGAUAAGGGUUCUUUAACAAAUGUAACCUUAACUUGUUCUCCUGACACUGACGAGGGUUAUGCUUAUAAUCUGAUAUUAGACUACUAUGUCUCCAAUUCCCAAAACCCCAGUGGGAACCGCAUCUUGGUUAGGCCUAAAUACAAUAGCACAUUAACGAUUCUUCGGCUUGGAAUCGAUGGAAACAUUAGGUUAUACACGUACUAUGACAAGGUGGAUUGGCGAGCUUGGGAAGUGACCUACACUCUCUUUGAUAGGGAUUCGGAUGAGGAAACCGAGUGCCAAUUGCCGGAGCGGUGCGGGAAGUUUGGGCUAUGUGAGGACAACCAGUGUGUGGCUUGCCCAUCACCGAAAGGGCUGAUGGGGUGGAGCAAGGAUUGUGCCCCAUUGAAGUUAUCUGGUUGUGGGGUGAAUGAUUUUCACUACUACAAACUUGAAGGGGUUGAUCAUUUCAUGAAUAAGUACAGUAAUGGAGAUGGAACCAUGAAGGAGAAGCAAUGUUCGGAUAAAUGUAGCAAGGACUGUAAGUGUCUGGGCUACUUCUACCACACCCUCGAAUCAAGAUGUUGGAUUGCAUAUGACCUGAACACCCUAACCAAAGUCCAGAAUACAACACAUUUGGCUUAUAUAAAGGCACCCAAUAAGUACUGAAGAGAACUGAGCUUUGUUGUUUGGAGUUGAUCUUUCUUAUGAUCAGGAUGAUGAAUAAGGGAAAGUGGAAAAGAAAAUGGUGAAGGCUUUCUUUUUCCUUUUUCCUCUUGAAUAUGUAUGCCCGUUUUCUCUUUCCUUUUUCCUUCUUUCUUUACAUGAACUUUAUUGUAAUCUGCUGAUGAAGUAUGCCUAAAAGUGUUAUAUUUUUCUUUGAUUAAAUACAUGCCUCAAGCAAAUGACAUGGUUCCAUAUUUGUUUUA